GGUAGGUAAAGCGAAUAGUAGUGAAAUAUUCAAUGGUAAAAUCAUUUUCUUCUUGCAUAGACUGAUUAAUGUAGUUGAAUCAAUAAGUUGAAUAAUUCUUCUAUAGAGUGUAAUACCAACAAUCGUUACACCAAUGGAGCAAUGGGUAUAUGAAAAUCUUUCAAGUCUACUAGAUUUUCCUGUUCCUGCUGAUUUAACACAAUGUAUUUUGCAAAUGCGAAAUGAAAGGGAUUUAGAUGAAUAUCUUCAGACAUUGCUGGAUUACAGUAACCCCAAGCACAGGCAAUUUAUUAUCGAGCUUAAAAAGCAGCAAGCUACUAAGAAUGACUUGAUAGGAUAUAAAAAGUUAACUGGUAACAACAAUGUUACUCAGAAACAAAAUGAGAAGAAGAAAGGAAAAGUUAAAGGCAAAGAGAAUCUAAUGGAAAGCAUGAAAAUUGAAAAAGUAGAAAAACCAGAGAAGAAGAAAAAGUUUGUAAAUUUAUAUUCUCAAGAAGGUAGAGAUAGAGAAACUAUUCUUUUAAAAGGUAGACACAUAUGUAAUUGCGAGGCUAAGAAACAUGCUUUGAUAAAUAACUGUAUUAACUGCGGAAGGAUAGUGUGUGCACAGGAAGGAGCUGGUCCAUGCUUUUUUUGUAACGAACUUGUUUGCUCUCCUGAUCAACAAGCCAUUCUUUCAAGUAAUAGCAAGCAAGCAGAUAACUUGUAUAAUAAACUUAUGGAGCAGAAACCAACAAAGGAAUUAGAAGAUUCAAUGAAACAUCGUAAUAAGCUCCUUGAAUAUGAUCGUAACAGUGCACGAAGAACCAAAGUCAUUGAUGAUGAAAGUGAUUAUUAUCAAGCAAACAGUGUUUGGCUGUCAAAUGCAGAACGUGAAAAAUUACAAAAACAGGAAGAGGCAACACGAGCCAAAAAGCAUGGUUCACGAUUAAACCGGAAAGUCAUUCUCGACUUGGCUGGCAGAGAAGUUAUUGAUGAAUUUGAAGAGAUAGACGUUUUCAAUGAUCAAUUGUCAGAAGAUUCUCAUGAAAUGAUUCAAAGUGAUGCUUUAAUGGACUCCAUGUUUCCUUCAUUAGAUUUUGAACAACCAGUUUAUGUCGAGGUAGAUUCCUGGACAUCGAAGCCAUCGAAUGAAUCGAAUACCUUAAAUACAGUAUACCGUAUUCAAGAUAGAGAGUACCUAGAAAUGGUUGACGAAGGACUCUGUUUAAGUAUGCAUCAGCCAUACGCAUCGUUAUUGGUUGCUGGGAUAAAAGUUCAUGAAGGUCGUUCGUGGUACUCAGCACAUAGAGGUAGACUUUGGAUAGCAGCAGCAACGAAGGUUCCUAAUAAAGAGGAAAUUUCGGCUUUAGAGCAUCGAUAUCGUGUCCUACUGGGUGACAGCAUCAAGUUUCCAAACAACUAUCCAACGGGAUGUUUAUUGGGUUACGUAAACGUAGUGGAUGUACUACCACAAGAGGAGUAUCGAAGAGUUCAUCCUGAGGGAGAUACUGAUAGUCCAUUUGUUUUCAUAUGUGAGGACUGCAAACAGCUACCAAUAAAGUUUCCGAUGCAAGGAAAACAUAAAAUAUAUAAAUUGGAUAAAAAGAUACAUCAAGCAGCUGUUAAAUCCAUAGAGAGGAUCAGCAAGAUCAAAGGAUUCGUCAAUUAAGACUUUAAUUAUCUAUUUUUCAGAAUACGGCUUCGUAUAAUAAUAUAUAAACAGGCUGUUAAAAUAUUGAUUCAACAGAAGUCCAGACGAUUAUAUGCCCAAAUUAACUUCAAUUCUCCAUCAAGUAAAUUCCAGUCGCUUAUUGGCACAGAAACAAAUAUUUUGUAUUGGAAUUUAGUCCAGGCAUACGUAAUAUUGAAAAACAACAAAGUUAAUAAAAUAUUAAGAUACUUUUUAUAAUUUAUAACACGAAGGUUUUUGAUAUUGUUCUGUUCCUCAUAUGUUUUCGGGGCUAUAUGAUUAUCAAUAAAAAAUUU